CAAACACAUCUUUUCCGCCCUCAGUAUAAACCUAGGUUUAUUUUCCCGCCUCCUAGCCCAGGCCCCCUGCAGUACCGCUACGGCCCACUGGGGGAGAGCGGCCCACAGUUUGGGAAGCACUGAUUUACAAGACUGUCACUUGUUGAAAUAAGAAAGAGAGAGACAUGCUAGCCACACUUUUGAGUCCUUCCAAGGUUUGCUUCCUGAUUUACCUUUCAUCUUCAGCACAUUUUUCAGAAGCUUUACAAGACAUUAGCAAAUACAUCAAGCAUUACGAAGGCCUUUCUUAUGAUCGAGAACUCGUACGGCAACAACACCAACGUAUCAAACGGGAAACUCAUCAAAGUGACCGAGAGCUUCAUCUAGACUUCAAAGCCUUUCAAAGGGUUUUCCGUUUGCGUCUAAAGCGAAAUGUAGAUGGUUUCACAGAAGACUUCCAUAUUAAAUCAGAAGAUGAAAUUCAGAUUGGGGAUCUCUCUCAUGUAUACUCAGGAACAUUGCAAGAUGAAAGCGAUGGUUCCUGUCAAGGUUCGGUUCUUGACGGUCAAUUUGAAGGCACCAUCACAACAGCCAAUGGCACAUUCUACGUGGAGCCCAUUGACAGAUAUAACACCAGCAAAUCAGAACAUCAUUCCAUCAUUUAUCACGAAAAUGAUGUUGACAACACUCCUUUGAGAGACAGCCCUGUUGGAUUCUGUGGUGCCGACCAUCUGCAACGUCUCGUCCAGAACCUUCCUGAGCCGAUACCAACGUCUGGGGCACAGCGAAAGGUCGACCCGUCCAAAACCAGCUGUCUCUUACAUCUCUAUGUCGACUAUCGCUUUUACAAACGUUUCGGGAGUAUUGAAGCAGUUGUUGCUCAGAUCGCCUCUUACAUGAAAGCAAUCAAUGACAUUUAUGACCAAGCUGACUUUGAUGGCAUACAGCUGAUCAACUUCAAAGUCAAAUAUCUUACUGUGAUGAGGGAGGAAGACCCCAGCAGUCCUUUAGACAAGCCUUACAUCGGGCCUGAAAAGCUUUUGAGUCUCUUUUCGGAAAAAAAUUGGACUGACUACUGCCUGUCUUACCUCCUGACCAACAGAGACUUCAGCGGGGUGCUUGGCUUGGCUUGGAGUGGUAAAACAGAUGAUAAUGGAGGAAUCUGCUCUCAGAUGGUCAAUAAUUUGAGCCAUAACACAGGCCUGAUCACCUUGCAAACGUACGGCUACUAUCUCUCCCCAAAACACGUGCAGCUAACAUUGGCCCAUGAGCUUGGCCACAGUCUUGGAGCCCCGCACGAUGAAGGCUAUAACUGUGGAGACCUGAAGAGAACCAAUGGCAAAGGAUGGUUUCUGAUGUACCCGCAAGCCGCCUCCAAGGUUGAGGAGAACACAGACAAGUUCUCCUCCUGUAGCCUGAGGGACAUCAGUAAAAUUUUGAGAGACAAGAAGGACAAAUGCUUUGUAGUUAGCGAUCAGCCCAUCUGUGGAAACCGCAUUGUUGAAGACGGAGAGGAAUGCGAUGUUGGGAAUGACGUCGAGGAUCCGUGCUGCUACAGCUCGAAAGAGCCUGCAGGGGUCGAGUGCAAAAUGAGGCCUGGCAAACAGUGCAGUCCCAGUCAGGGUCUGUGCUGCAGUGCUCAGUGUGUCUUCAAGGACACCACACAGAUAUGCGGCCAACCCACCGAAUGUCGGAAGCAGAGCAUUUGCAACGGUUCCUCCGCUGUGUGCCCCGAACCUCCCGCCAAGCCAGACAUGACAACAUUGUGCAACAACGAAACACGCGUCUGUUUCGCCGGGGACUGCAGCCUUUCUCUAUGUGCGUUGUACAAAAUGGUGCAAUGUGACUGCCCCGGCGAGAAUCGGACCGAAAAGUGCUACAUGUGCUGCCAGGAGAGAGAUAAACCUCAAACUUGUGCGAGCACCACAUCGUCCGUGCUUUACCAGCACUUUAAUGGCAAACGUGUGGCGUUGAUUCCCGGCUCCCCUUGCUCUGGAAACCAGGGAUACUGCGACAGGUUCAGACUGUGCCGAAUCCUGGAUGCCGACGGUCCAAUUGCAAGGCUUAAAAAUUACUUCCUGAAAUUGAAUGAGUUCGAGGACUUGGGCGACUGGAUAAAGUCUUAUUGGUGGGCAAUACUUCUAGCUAUUCUCUCCAUUUCAGCGAUAAUGGCUGCUACUAUCUGGAUUUUUGGACAGCCUUUGGAGAUUGAUGAAAGCCAGGAAACAUCUGGCCGCUUGGAGCUUCGCUGACAUCAUUUCGAGACAGUUUAUCAAUGUAAAAACUUUCUGAUUAAACAUCGAAGGUUGUCCAGAUGCUCAGCUGGGAGGGAUCUAAACAGACAAGAGUUGUGUUGCACCUGUCCAAACAUGAUUUAAAGGGAUAGUUCACCCAAAAAUGAAAAUUAUGUUAUCAUUUAAGUUCAAUUCCUCUAUACAUUUCUUUGUUCUCCUGAACACAAAUGAGAUAUUUUAAAAAGUGUUUGUAACCAAGCAGAUCUGGGGCACCAUUGGCUUCUGUAGUAAGAUAAAAUAAAACAAUGGAAGUGAAUGGUGCCCCAAUUUGAUUAUUAACAUUUCUCAAACAGAACAAAGAAGUUUAUACAGGUUUGAAACAACAUAAUUUUCAUUUUUCACUAUCCCUUUAAUUUUACUUUCACUUUUAUUCAUUUUUAUAGUCUAAGUUAUUUUAACUCGAUUACUCAUUUGUGGUUUGAGUGUUCAGCAAUGAGUCAUUUCUCUUGAUUACAUCGUGGGCAAUGUCGCCUACAGUUUUUUUUUUUAAAAUGUGACAUUUAAAUAUUAAGAAAUCAGGGCUUAGGUAAUAAAUAGGAUUUGCCAAAACAACAGAUGACUGUAUUUUAAGUUUACACACACUACAGGUUUUUGGAGACAAUUUGUAGUAUAUUUGAUCACCAGUAGUGCAAUUUACUCAUUUGAGAAAGGAUAAAUGAUAUGUAUGUCUUGAAUGCACUGUAAGUCACUUUGGAUUAAAGUGUCUGCCAAAAACAUAAAUGUAAAUAAAAAAGGGAACAUUUGAAGAGUUUCGUUGCAAAACGAGAUAACUCCGUUUUUUUAAUUGUUCAGAAAUCUCGUUUUUUGGUUGUGCAUUCAAAUUAAUAUCAAUUCAACUGCAGUUGGUUUGUUUUGAUUUAAACCUUCAUAACUUAAAAAAUACAGCUGAGUAGCACCAUAAAACAAAAUAAUAACAUGAUAACAUAAUAAUAAACAUGUUUUGACAAAAAUGUAAAAAAAAAAAAAGAUUUAUCUCGUAUUGCAACGAAACUCUUCAUUUGUAAAUCCGAAAACUUUUUGAGGCCGGGAAGUAGCCACUGAUAUCAGUAAGGUCAAAAUUUAGACCUUUUGUCUAAGUGAUAUCCAAUACUGACACCAGUUUGUUUGAACUGUUAGAUUUGCUUUCACAAUCUCUUCAUGUUGUCCUUGUUCAGGUUACCACGAUAAGCACCGAGAACUAAGUGACAUUUCAAAUUGAUCUCAGAAGCGGUAAAAAAAGGUUAAAAAGUAACUAUAGGUAAAGAGGAAUUAAGACUGAUGCAAUAGUAUGAUGUUGAUGUAACUAAUAGAUUGUAAAUGUAUUAUCACAAGAAAAAAUAUUAUUACAAAAUAAAUGUCUAAUAAAAAAAGGA